AUGCUGCAGUCACCUUAUACCCUUCGCACAGGCAUUUAUCCCGAGAUCGACCCCGAUCGACUCACGGGUUCGCUUACAGGCAAGAAUGCCCUGAUAACUGGUUCUGGCAGGGGUAUUGGUCGGGAGAUUGCCAUCGCAAUGGCGCGAGCGGGGGCCAACGUUUGCGUCACGGCACGAACAAGCAGCCAAGUCGAGGAAACAAAAGCUGAAAUCGUCAGCUUAGGUCUCAAUGGCAAGGUCGUAGGCAUCGUUGCAGACGUACUCAAGCUGAAGGAUCAAGAACGUCUUGUACGCGAAUUCCGCGAACAGCUCGGCCCCGUCGACGUCUUGGUGUGCAAUGCUGGCAGCAACAUCUUUCAGCCCUUCCACUUGACGGAUGCAACCGAGUGGUGGGAUAUCAUGGAGCUGAAUGUCCGGGCACCGGUUGAACUCACCCGACUUGUCAUCCCCGAAAUGCGCGAGAGGAACAAAGCUGUAAUAAUCUACACGUCAUCACGAGCUGCAACGGCAGACCUCCCAUGGACAACGGCAUACAACUGCGCCAAAACGUCCAUCACCAGAUUUGCGGGUACUCUGCAGGUCGAGCUAGAUCAGUUGCAGAAGAUCGAGAAGGGAGUGGAUAACAACAUAAGCGUCUUUAGCAUUCACCCCGGCGAGAUCGAGACCAAGCUACAUGAGACGGGGUUCCCGGAAAAGACCAAACGAGAGGCCCCCUACGUUAUGGAGCAUAUGGCAAAGAUAGGCGCCAAGAGACCCCAUUUUGAGCCUGAGUUACCAGCAUGGACGUGUGUGUGGCUUAGCUCGGGGAAGGGUUCAGCUCUGAGGGGAAAGUUUGUGGAUUGCACGCGUGAUGUGGGCGAACAAUCAAAGGACGCAUUGGAGACUGCAAAGAUAUAA